CUCGGAGAAUCCAAGAUGGCGGAACAGGGAGAGCAUAUCCAUGGUAAAUUUUCUAGUUUUAUUUGUAUCUUUGAUCUUGUAGUUGAAAUGUUGGUGUUAUAAUUCUGCCUUUAAGUGAUUUAUUAUUAUUAUUAUUUUAUCUUUGAAUUAUUUUUUUGGCGCUGCGAGUAGUUUAAUGCUAUUUCCGCAACAAAGUGCUUUGGAAUCCCAAAGGAUUUACCUCGGUUAAUUGAGAUUUUCUUAGGUUUGUACCUGUUAUUUCCCUGCGUUGUGGACGUUGCGUUGAAUUCUUUGUUUUUUUUAUAUUUAAUUCACUAGUGAAGGUUUAAUAUAGGCUCAUACACCUAAGAUGAGCUAAAACUUUGAUUUUUUCAACUGAGUACAGUUGAUAUUAUUAAACCUAAAUUGCUCACCAUGGAGAGACUGUGAAGCUGAUAUUUAGGUCGCCAUUAGCUGUAACGAAGAUCUAUAGAUCAAAAUGUCAGCUUUUCAAUCCCUUGAUAGUGGCCAAUUUACUUUAUUCACUCAGUUGAUAAUACUAAAUCUUUGUGUUUCACUCCUCACCAAUUCAAAACCACUGUUUCUUUUGAAACGGGGCUGUGUAAAAUGCAGACUGCGGACUGACUGCAGACUACUGUUUUUUGGGUUAGAAAACAAUGGGACUAUUGUUGUCACGUACUCAUUUGCAUGGUGAAAACAAUAGUCCGUAGUCUGCCUUUUACACUAACCAUUUAGAAACAAACCUCAAUACUCAUUGUUCGAAGUUGGAAACACUCAUAGCUGAAUUUCAGGAGUGAUGGCAGAAUACCCAUCCUCCCUAGCUACAGGGAGUGAAAGAUGUUUCAAAUGUAUUACUUAUAUGAUAAGACGAAAAGGGAAUUGAAAAGUUGAACAUGAAUUUUAGCAAAGUAGGUACCUUAAUUAUUUUCACAAGUGAACAAGAUUAAAAAGCUGUUAUUAGAGGGUCGUGAAGGGGGGUACCAAAUCCCAGUUCCCAGCCUAAAUUUGGCCCAAAUCCCAGUUCCCAGGCUAAUUUUUGCCAAAAUCCCAGUUACCAAAUUUUCGGUGUGUAUAACAGCGUUAUUUGCAUUGACGUACUUGAUUUCUAGUACCAUUUUGCGAAGAAACCUUUUCCGAAGCCAUUUUUAUCUUCCCUUCACAAUAUCUUCCCCGCCAUAUGCAAACUUGCAGAACUUGUCCGCUGACCAGGAAAAACUGACAGAACGUAACUAUGCAACCGUGUAAGCCUGGUAGCUAGACCACGUCUUGCGAAGGCCAAAAAGACUGAUUUCACAGUCUCUACUGAGGAGUGCAAGGUCUAUUGCUACGAAAUUUUAUUUUUCUAUUUCAAAAUAUUGGAGCAAAGACCGCUGAAGAAAAGAAAUCCCAUUCCCAUUUUAUAAUUGUUCAUCCCAUUCCCAGUGGCUAAAUCCCAGUCCCAGUGAGUAAAUCCCAUUUUCCCAGUCCACAAUAAGGCUAAUCCCAGUUCCCAUUUUACCCCUUCACGACCCUCUUAUUAUGUUGCCCAGUGAUGAGACAGAAAUCAAAAUACUAUGUUGAUUAUUUUGUAGACAGUUUAUCAGUUUCUUUAACAAAUCCCUUCGAACGAUUUGCCAAUCCAUGCGACAAUUUUAUUCAUCUGUUCGAAUGGUUUGCGUAUCCAUUAAAAAAAAUUAGCAUCUGAUUGAUCCAGAGCUCCUCUGCAUUCAAACGGUUUGUGUCUCCGUUCAAAAAAAAUUAGCAUCCGUUCAAAUAGUUUACCUAUCCAUUCACAAAAAAUCAGCAUCCGUUCAAACUGUUUUCCUAUCUGUUCAAAUAAUUUAUUGAUCCUACCGUUCAUAAACCGUUCGUUAUCUGUGCAUUUUUCCCAGUUGAACAGUUUUUGUUAGUUUCUGUUUUGCCUUUCACUGUCUCAAAUAAUUAAUGCUUUGAGAAUGAGCCAUAAACAUAAUCUGUUUGCCUUAAUUUCAUGGCCAUUUUUAAUGGCUAUACCAAAUUACAGGUAGAGUUGCAGGGUACUCUGCAAUUUAGCUGCCUUUCAUCAUGGGUUUCAUGCUACCCUGUUUUACUAUUCAAAAUUCAAACCAAGCUUGCAUUACUGUCAUUGUUGCUUAUGCAGGAAAGGAAGAAGCCUUCAGUCCAUUUUCUAUUAUGGCAAACAAUAGCAUUAUUGACUUCUGGUAAGUUAAUUUUUAACUGUUCACCAUCUGAGUUGGGCCAAGUAGUCACUCAUAAAGGUUGAACAAAUGUUACUUUUUAAGAUGAAAAUUAUUAGUAUCAUCCAAUAAUAGUGUUUUGGCAAGGCUUAACAGUUGCGACUUUGGAAGUAAGAGUCACAGGCACCCAUUUCUAGUUUUAAGUUUUGAGAAUUUGCAACACUUACAGUGACAUUGCAAAUAGAAAAUUGUCAUGGAAUGCGAGAGCUAAUGUCUUAAAUUUUGAAAACUCUGAAUAGGGUAAUGUAAUUUUCAACACAAAAAAACAGCUGAUUUGGAAAGAUAGUCUAAAAAACAACAAACACUGCAGGCCAUGGCUAUAAAAAGCGUUCUUUCCCCAUUGUCCUUAUAAUAUAGACCUUUGACAUUAAAGUGAAUUCAGUUUGUUUUAAUUUCUGUUAUGUUAAGUUUCUGUUUUUUUUUAUUUUUUGAAAGUCGGACGUCAUUGGCAUCCAUGGCUGGAAUCUCUGCUGGAAUUCUUGGACUCUCAGCUCUUAAAGGCUUCAUCUUUUAUUUUAUCGCUUCCUUGUUUAUGUCUGUAAGUGACUUGCUUACUCUGUAUACUUGUCUACAAGUUUAGUUAACAUUUAUGGGGUACAUGUAGGGCAGUACACGGCUCUUUGAAGGCCUCACAGGAUUGCUGAGAAAACAAUAAACAAACAACAGCAAACAACUCAAACUCCCUGCUAACUCAAACUAACGUAAGUCCAAUUUCCCUUGGAUUUCACCCCACUUUUCAGUCAUUUUUACUCUGUUAACUCAAACUCGGAUAACUCAAGACCACAACAAGGGAGCAGGAGCUUUUAGUUGUUCUUUCAUUCCAUCUGGAAUUGUCAUAUUCUGAACAAAAUGAGUAUAUUCUGAUAGCUACAUGUAACAAUCUUGUACUUUCUUUUUCAGAUCUUGAUUUGCUUAAAAGCUGGUACACAUUGGAGAAAAUUUUUCAUCUCUUGGUGGGAUCUUAGUACUUCAGGAAUCUUUGGUGGAAUAUUUGUAUCCUUAGCUGUUUUUUUACAGUUAAUCCUCAUGAAACAAAAACUAAAAAAUCCCAAUAAUUUUAGUAACAAAGGUAUAUUUGGGGGCACCUUAAUUUUCCAUUGCAUGGAACACAGUUUGACAUUGCUUUUGGAAACCAUGGAUUGCACAUACAGCCUAUGGGCUAGUAACCCUGCGCUGGAUUAACAAGAGCAGUAAUAACCCUAGUCGAUUCCUGGGGGGAGGGGGUACUGCCCUUCAUAGGUUAUGUAGGUAUGUGCUGCUGUAUAGGGAAAGGGAUUUCAAGCAGUUUAGUCUUGGAAAGGAUAAUAUAGAAAUCAGAGUGUUUGGGUCUUGAAUAGGGUAUCAUUUUCCAGGAGUUGGUUGAAGACUUUAGUCUAGACUAGGAAAACUGGGGAUUGACACUAAAAGAAUUAAAUUGGUAAAUGUAAACUUACCCAUAGCUCAAUAAGUAGUUGGACAUGGGGGUUUAUGGUAUUGCGGUAUUGAGCUUUUUUCAAGCGGUAUUUCGGUAAUUUUGAUUUUAAUGUGUGGUGUUGUGAUAUCAUCCAGCCUUGCGGUAUGCAGUUUUCAUCCUUCUGGCUUACUGUAUUCAGUAAGAGAAGAUCCUCCAUGGUAUUGCGGUACAGUUCAUUUGACCUGUCCUGUCUAAUUUACUGUAUUUAUUCGGCUAUAAGCCAAUCUUGGCUGUAAGGCGAGACCGUAAACUUUAAAGUCAUAGAAUCAGCAUAACCAAGAAUGAAAGAUAAAUCCAAAACACCCGGCUGUAAGUGAGACCCAUUGGUUUCAAGACUCUUAGCUACUGUAAAACAUCAUGAACAUUACUAUAUUAUUUAUUAUUUUGCUGUUCUCCUUAACUGCUGAUUUUCAUUAUUACAUUCAAGACAUACUUACUGUUUUGGACGUAUCCUUUCUGAAAUUUGAACAAGUACAGCUGUAGGAAUUUCAGUGUUUUGUACUUACACCAUUUUCUUUGUAUUUUAAUUUAUUUUACUAACAUUAACAGUUAUAUAUUAUUUUGAUAGCCUUUCAGUAACACGGAUCUGCACGACCGUUGUUUGAUUUAGUAGAGAUAUCGGGUUGAGGGAAUGUUGUUGGUUUGAGAAAUACAGCCUGCGUAGCAAGCGUUUCCGUUUGGUUUCGGAGCAAAGAAAUACAGAGGAAGGGGACUUUUGGUAUUGACCGCGCGAGUGAGAAAUACUGUCUAUAAACUUUUAUCUGUAAUCAUUUUAAUUUCCAUUGAGCAAAGCUAAUAACCGCAGUGGGCGGCCAUAACUGCAUACACAUUUUGAAAGCAUGCAGUUAAUAUGAACCUCUCAUUUGCCGAGUUCUCAGUCUUUUUCCAUUAAUAUUUACAAUACAGAGCGAGAAAAUGGGGCUGAUAAGUUGUUUAUUAUGCAGCUUCCUGUUUUGGGGAACUGGAAACAAGUGUAGGUUAUGCGUUUUGACAGUCAUUUGACAGGUGUCAAGAAAGAAAUUUUUUAUUAGCUCACGAAGGCAAUAGCACUUUACAAUGGCUUUCCAUAAAAGUGUAAACAUGCAAACUAUGAGCACUGUAAGUUUUAGCUCACCGAUGUGACACCCUUUUAUUUUGAAAACUAGACUCUGUGUUUAGCUCAAAGUUGCCUCCAUCUUUAUUUCGUUCAGUCUUUGAAACACCAAAGUCAAUGGCAAAAAAGCUUGUCAAGGUAAGCUUAAGUUUGUUAUCAUUGUUGAAGGACUGCUGGUCUUUCCUUGGCAAAAUGUCUCGGAUCGCUGCCAGUUCAUUCUUAUCUUCUUCGCUGUGAUCUGUGAUAUAAUUUUCAAACACUGACUAAAAUCCUCUUCUUGGGUAAGAUUACGAUUCAGUUUCUUCCUCAGCUUCGUUCUAAAAUAAACACAAGUUAAGAUUUGGAAGAAUUUGAAAGUCACAUCCAAGUCCACAGGGUUUUCAGACAUAUGAUAACGUUCCUUUAAUCAUUUCUUCGAUAUAGAAAGAUUUAGAGCGGCAAAUGAGUGUUUGCUCUUGAAAUUUUUGUUCGUACGGUAAGUUAUGGACUGCAAAUUGACCAAUCAUAAGGCGAAAACAGACUUAGCCAAAUAAUCAAAAAAAUGAUAGUUACCAUAGCACUUACGAAUUACUAACUGCUGAUUGGAGGUUGUAACCUCAUUGGGUACGUAUGUAUUUAGUGAUACUUGCCAAACCUCUCUUUUUGCCAUCAUCCUGGGUCCUUUCCAUGUCCACUUUUUCAGUGAUUUUUCCUCAUGUUAUUUCAUUAACCUUAUGAUCAAGAUUUUUAUAUGGAAUGGUUCAUGUCUACUGA